GACUCAUUCACUCGCUGUGUUCAGAGAGGCAGCGCAGACGGAGGAAGAGCUGCAUGAGGAGUGGAAGCAACACAGCAGUCCUUUCAUCCUGGCUGUGGUGUUUCCUCUGUUGCUUCUCCUCGCACCCGGUGUGGCUCAGAUCCUUGUCACUGCCACUGCUGGAGGAUCCGUCCUGAUUCCCUGUUCUCUCCCAGGAUAUCCACUCAGUCUCAACUGGUUUUACUGGCAAGAGGGUGAACAACAUUUCUUCUACUGGGACGGUGGGAAAGUAAUAAAAAUCCAAAACAACAAAUAUGAGAAUAGGACUCAAGUCAUCAGUUCUGGGUUCGGUUCUGGGAAUAUUUCCAUAAGACUUGACAACAUUUCAACUGAAGAUGAUCAGAAAACAUUCUUUGCCAUUGUAAAAAAAGUUGGCAACCCAUCUGAACAACGGUGCAGAUCCACACUGCAGGUUUCAGCUCCCUACCAGGAUCUGGUCCUGACGGUCAACCACACAACCAACAGUGCAACCUGCUCAGCACGAGGAGGAUAUCCUGCAGCUCAGGUAUCAUGGAAGGGUCUGAACAGAUCCAGCGAUGAAGAGCUGGACCUGCAGGAUGCUGAGAUGUUCCUGCAGCCGGGUCCAACAGAGAAAACCUUCUCCUUCACAAGCUCUGUCAACGUUAUGGGGUUAAAGUCUGUAACCUGCGUCAUCUACAACCCUCACUCCAACAAGACCAUUACUGGAACAGAUCAAUUAAUGUGGCCUGGAAGCAUCUUCAGGGUCCUGUCAUGCUGGCUGUGGUGUUUCCUCUGUUGCUUCUCCUUGCACCCAUCUUGGGUCAGAGACCUCAGCUUCUCCAUGUCGCUGUUGGAGGAUCCGUCCUGAUCCCAUGUUCCCUCCCUGGAUAUCCGCACAAUCUCAAGUGGUUCUAUUGGCAGGAGGACGAGUACCUUGUGUUUCACUGGGAUGGUGGAAAAACCAUCCCAGUACAAAACAACAAAUACAAGGACAGGUACCAAGUCUUCAAUUCUGAAUUCAGUUCCGGAAAUAUUUCCAUCAGACUUGACAACAUUUCUCCUGAAGAUGAUCAGAAAACAUUCUUUGCCUACGUUAAAUUCUACGAUGAGCAGAAAAAAGUCUUCAAACACCCUGAAGAAUGGUGCAGAUCCAUGCUGCAGGUUUCAGCUCCCUACCAGGAUCUGGUCCUGACGGUUAACCACACAACCAACAGUGCAACCUGCUCAGCACGAGGAGGAUAUCCUGCAGCUCAGGUAUCAUGGAAGGGUCUGAACAGAUCCAGCGAUGAAGAGCUGGACCUGCAGGAUGCUGAGACGUUCCUGCAGCCGGGUCCAACAGAGAAAACCUUCUCCUUCACAAGCUCUGUCAACAUUACAGGGUUAAAGUCUGUAACCUGCGUCGUCUACAACCCUCACUCCAACAAGACCAUCACCAGAACUGAAAAGAUCGACACUGAGGAGGGCGAGCAGAAGUAUCUGUUGCCUAUUAAAAUAAUUGCACCUGUCGUCAUCAUCGCCCUCAUCGCUAUUUUGUGUGUGGUGCUACAGAAAAGUAUUUUUACUGGACCCCAGGACCAGAGAAAAGAUGAAGAAGGUGCAAGAGAAUCAACCCAGCCCUCCGUCCCAGGCAGCCCGGUGUUCUGAAAGUUGUGCCUGCUCACCGAAGCAAGUUUAAUUAAGAUUAUAUUUAGUAAAAUGUCAAAUAUCACCGUCACUGUGUUGUGUGAUAAAACUUCAAUAUUUUACCAAAACCUGCAUGGAAAGAUGUUACUGGGACGGUGUAUUUUGAAGAGUUUAGAAUCAGAAUCAGAAUCAGAAAAAGCUUUAUUGCCAAGUACGAUGUUACACAUACGAGGAAUUUGUUGUGGUGAUGUUGGUGCAUGCAUCAAAUAACUAUUAAGUGAAAAUAUAAAC